AUGUUUGAUUACGUAAAAAACGAAAUUGGAAAUGUGGAUAUUCUGGUCAACAAUGCUGGAAUCGUCACUGGUAAGAACUUACUGGACUGCACAGAUCAGGAUAUUAUCAAAACGAUGCAAGUGAAUGUAUUAGCACAUUUUUGGACCAUCAAAGCCUUUCUUCCCAAGAUGAUUGAACGGAACUCUGGUCAUAUAGUCACAAUUUCAUCGACAGCUGGUGUAAUAGGUGUGAACAAACUAACAGGAUACUGUGCCAGUAAAUUUGCUUGUGUUGGGCUCGAUGAAGCCUUGAGGUCAGAACUCAGCUCUCUGAAAAAAGAUGGAGUUCAUAUGACAUUGGCUUGUCCUUACUACACGAAUACUGGCAUGUUCCUUGGUGCAAAGACGAGGUAA